GUCAAGAUGGAGGCUUCGAAAUUAAUAUUAUCUGGUUUGUUGCUGACCACCUGCGCUUUGAUUUUUCAACUUGCUGGUUUAGCUUCUCCAAAUUUGAUAACGACAGAUGUAGAAGGAGUUAAAUUACCAGCUGGUUUAUGGAAACUGUGCGCAAAAGCUCGUAAAGCAAAUUGGUGCCUCGAGCAUAAGGGUGUAAGAGAUCGGUUAGAACCUGUGAGAGCAACAGCCACAAUAGGAUUAAUUUCACUUUUAUUUGCUCUUGUACUGUUAAUUUUGAAAAAAUUUGUCAUGAAAGACAAGAAGAACAUUCUGUUUGUAGCAAUAGGAAGCACUUUUGUUGGAGCAUUUUUUAUUUUGAUCUCAAUUGCUGACUUUGCAAGAAAAAUAGAUGAUGACUUCAAUUCCGAUGGAGAAGAGCUAGAGUACGAUUUCACCUUCGCAUUUGCCUUGUGUAUCAUAGCAAUGUUGUCAUCUAUCAGCGCUGGAGCUGUCAUGAUCGCAGAUGCUGUUAAAACUGAUUAAAUCUAUUGGUAUUUAGAAUGCUGUAGUUUCAAUGUUUAAAUAAAUUUCAAAAGAGACAAUUCAUUUGUUGACAUUUAUCUACAACAAUUUUACCUCAGUGUUUAAAUAAUAUUUAGAUUUGAUAUCUGUACUCCCCGAUAUUGAUUAAAUACUUUUAAUCUAUUCUUAACGUUAAUUACGAAUUUUAGGGCGACCCCACCAUAGAAAGACAACUGUUGUGCUUCGAACAUUACGCCUAAGUGUAUAAGAUUGUAACACAGCUAUAUCGUUAUAAUCCUUGAUGAACAUAUAAAUAUUUUCGCUUGCAAAUGGUUUCUCUUAUUUAACACUGUAUGUGCAAUUCCCUGAUUUUUUUCCGCAUACAUAUAACAUAA